CUCCGUCUUCCUGUAUUAAUUGCGGAUCAGAACCCUGUGGGUGUGUAUGUUGGUUUGGACCCGGUGCUUUGGGUGGAUGUGUGAGGAGUGGAGUUAGGAUCACAUUCAGUGGACAGGGCUCAGAUGCGUCUUGUUUACUUAAGAACGGAGCCCCGAGUGAGCUGAAGUAACCUGGCUGUAUUCAACAGGGGCCUGUUUGACUGGGUGAUUUGCUGAUGGAACCACCUUCAUACGAGGAGGCCAGUCGCCACCUUUCUGUUCAGCUCGCAGGAGACCCGACCCAACCAUCUCCUCCUUCCUACACCUCCGGCCAGUCCCCAUCGACGCCUCCUCCGACCUAUGUAGAGGCCGUUCACCCGAAUGCCUUUCCUGUCCUGACUCUACCCACCGGGGAAACCGCUGUGGUCCCGCCACCUGGAGUCACAGUCCAUCCUCUUACACAAAUUGAUGAAAGAGCAGCCAGAAGUCACAGAGCUCCGUCUGUAGUGGUUGUGUCUCAGCCACAGCCAGUUCCCAUCCACGUGGCAAGUCUGAGAGACUCUCCUGGUUUUGUUCGCUGUCCUCACUGCCAGCAGCUCGUCACCAGCAAUGUCAAGUAUGUGGCUGGGAGCUCUGCGUGGUGCACCUGUGUCAUUCUUGGGUUGCUGGGGUUGAUCUGCGGUUUCUGUCUUAUUCCACUUUGCAUGAAGAGCAUGCAAGAUGCACAUCACUCUUGUCCAAACUGCGGCAAAAAACUGCACAUUUAUGAAAGAUGACACGCCGUCAAGAUCCAUAAAGAUGCUGCUUUCCCCCGUCAGCUCAGGAUCUUGAUAAAUAUUUAUGUCACAAUGUUGGUAAAUGAAUUUUUGAGAUGUAAGUGCAGCUUGCUGUGACAGACUUGACGUUCCUCCAUGUCUACCUUGAUCUGUCACUCAGACUAAGGGUAGCGUCUCUUUGAAAAGGAAAAGCCACCUUUAAAAUGUAAUGUGAGAGGCAAGAAACAUGACAUCUUAUUGAUUACCUCUGCUGGAGCAAGGCACCAACCCCCUCCGCGACCCCGCAUGGAUAAGCAGGUAUAGACAAUAACUGGAUGGACGGAUGGUUACCAAACAGUUGAUACAGGUUGAUGUGUUACAUAUUUUAAGGUAUUUUUCAUAAGCAUUUCUACAUUAUUUAUAGUUGAAAUGUUACAGGUGUUUUAGAUGAACACUUAGUGCACUUUUCAUGUUUUCUAAAGAUUCCUGAAGUGAUUAUAAAUGAAAGGCAAUGAUGAGAAAAGACCAUGUUGAGUGCAGAUCGAGCAAGCUUUACAAAACUUCAGACUGUGAGAUUGAAGGAAUAUUUCUGUAAUUUGUCAUAUUUAAUUUUUCUGUUGUUUGUUUCAAAAGUUUGGCAAUUUUUUUUUUUUUUUUUGGGGUUCUGUGAAAUGGUUUGAGGAGUCAGUAUGUUACAUUCAGUUGCUGGUAUUCGGAGUGGCUACAGGAAGAAGCUAUGACUUAAACUAACAGAGUAACAAAGUGAGUCCAGUGCCAAAGGGAAUUUUUGUCAAUCCAGAAAAGAUAUGUUUGAAAACAAUUUUAUGAUUAUUUAUGGCAAAAUAAGUUUUGUUUAAGAUGGUUAUUUACUGAAAACUGUGUUAGCCUAAAGUCAGUUGGCCACAGCGGUCCAGUUAAAGAGAAAAUAGCCAGGAAUGCUUCACAUAUGCCAUUUUCUAGCAUGCGUCAUGCGAGGAAUGUUGUUGGUGAGUGACCCUUCACACGGGACCAAAGGCAUUUUCACACCACAGCUUUUUAGUCCACUUUGAACAAGAGUGGCCCAGAGUGUAAUUCCUCAUAUAGACCAUUUUGUUUGGGUAGGUGUGAAAGCUUAUCCAAACCCUGGUGCCAAACAAACACACAGACUCUGGGCUGUACCCUGCACUCUGGUGCAGUUGGACAUCUUGCUGAGUGCAGAGUGAACCAAACCAAAUGAAGCUGUGAAGUGUUGCUGUGAUAGCAACCUAAGAUUCAACUACAACAAUAGAAAUAGAGAUUUCAGCAGGAACUUAGAGGGGUCUUCUGGGUUGCAUCAUUUCACUCCCCACUGUCCCCGAUUAAGUGUGAGAGUUCCCUGACUGAUUUUGAUAGAAUAGAAUAACACAAAUUUGUCAGUCCCUGGUGAAGGGACUGACACACACACUUCC